AUAAUGAUGAUAUAUAAUGUAAAUACAAGUAAGGUAACUAAUAUCGUCCGUCUAUAACACUGACUCUGAUCCUUCAUCUGUAAAUUAUUAAUUAAAAGGUUUCCAUCUAACAUGGAUGUCAUUUAUUUAUGGAUAAAAUGAGUUCUCGAUACGUCAUCCUCCAUAUUGCUGACUCAUCUGUACUAACUGGAAUGGUGUAUAAAUAGAUUUGGUAAAGUCUCGUACACAUGCCGCUAGAAACCAAAGGAGCAUUCAUCAUCAUGAAGGUUUUGGUUUAUAUUUUGUUUGCUGGCCUGACUGUGACAUCAGCGUUACUUAUCAGCACAGCCAAUGACUACCACGGCCCAAUGGACUUCUCAUGCAAAGACAACAGUACAUUACGUCAUAUUUUUAGUCACCAUGCCAACUCACGUGAGGACAGGGUAUGGUCAUUGGGCUGCUAUACUGGAAUAGAAAUGGUCUAUGACUGCCAAUGGACAGGCUACGUGAACGAUUACGACCGACCGUUUGAUUUUCAAUGUCCUGGAGAUGACUUUAUCAACGGCUUGAGAAGUAUCCAUGACCACGGUCCUAAGGACAGACGCUGGGCUUUUCAGUGUUGUAAGAUGAGAGGUCGCAUAAGACGCGACUGCGAGGAUACUGGGUUUUUAAACGAUUACGACGGUGACUUAAACUACACGACAACCAAGACUAACCAGCUCUUCCAUGGCUGGAUCAGUAUCCACAACAACGGACAUGAGGAUAGAAUAUUUGACUUCGAAGUAUGCGAUUAUGUGCAAGAUGGAACCACCGGAAUUUUGGUUUGUUUCCUGGUUGCUGUUCUAUCUGUGACGUCAGCGUUUCUUGUCAGCACAGUCAAUGACUACGACCAACCAAUGGACUUUUCAUGCGAAGGAAAUAGUACGCUACGUCAUAUUUCUAGUCACCAUAACAACCACCACGAGGACAGAGUAUGGUCCAUGGGAUGCUAUACUGGUAUCGCACCUGUGUAUGACUGCCAAUGGACAGGCUAUGUAAACGAUUUUGACGACCCGUUUGACUUUGAAUGUCCUGGGGAUGAGUUCAUCAAUGGCGUUAAAAGUUACCAUGACAACGGACAUGAGGACAGACGUUGGGCUUUUCAAUGUUGUAAGAUGCUAGGUCGCAUAAGACAACACUGUGAAGACACUGGAUUUCUGAAUCAUUAUGACGAUGCUUUAACCUAUACUUCAAACCAAGACAACAAAAACAUCCGGGGAUGGAUCAGUAUCCAUGACAACGGCCAUGAAGAUCGGAUAUUUGAUUUCCAGGUGUGCGAGUAUGUGGAGGGUGAAUCCUCCACUUGAUACAUCACACGCAAUUUGUCAAAACACUGAAAAAUUCUGAAAUAAAGCAUUUGAUUGGUUAA